GGGGGUCUGGGAUUGGAGUCAGACGCGCGUUUAGUCGCUCUUCGUUCCGUUCAUCCUGUGCUCUGGUGUUGAUUUGCUCGGUCUGCUCGGAACGUCUUCUACUUUCACUUGCGAUGCGAUACCGGAACAGAAGUCCUUCCUCGGGAACUGAGCGCGCGAUGUGAAGCAGAUGUUGCGACUGAGUUGACUGAGUCUGAGUCGCAGUGAAAGCAUGGCUACAGCACCGAGCUUGGACGUCAUGAAGUCGUCGGAUCUGAUCAGAAAGGAGCGGCUGGAUUAUGGAGGCUUUGGGGAAGUUUACCUGUGCUACCACAUAACCCUGGGCCACGUGGUGCUGAAGACUGUGUACACGGGACCACCUCGGAACGAGCAGAAGCAGUCUCUGCUGGAGGAGGGCAGUCUGAUGAGCCGUCUAAACCAUGAACGUGUGGUCAAGCUGCUGGGGGUCAUCCUGGAGGACGGAUAUUACUCUCUGGUGAUGGAGCUCAUCCCUAAGGGAAACCUGCUUGCGUUGCUGGAAAGGGUCCCUGUUCCAACAUCCGUCAAAGGAAGGAUAAUUCUGGAGAUCCUGGAGGGAAUGGCUUAUCUAACAAACAACCAGAUCAUUCACAAGGAUCUGAAGCCGGAGAACAUCUUAGUUGACGAGCAUUUCCAUAUAAAGAUUGCAGACCUGGGACUGGCCACUCAUCAGACGUGGAGCAAACUGACCAGAGACGAGUCUCGCAGGCAGAGUCGUAAGGGUGUGGGCAGAAAGACGUCGGUGCGCACGGCCGGAACGCUCUGCUACAUGGCUCCAGAGCACCUGCAGAGCAUUCACACGCGCUCCACCGAAAAGUCCGAUGUCUACAGCUUCGCCAUCGUCGUCUGGGUCAUCCUGACCGGUCAGGAGCCGUAUGAGAAUGCCAGAAGUGAAGAUCAGAUUUGUCAGUGUGUACGUCAGGGAGACCGUCCUGAUGAGAGCCUUAUCCAUGAUGAUGCACCUCCCGAGAUCAUCAGCCUUAUGAAAGCGUGCUGGGACCAGGAACCUCAAAAAAGACCCUCAUUUAAAGAAAGCUACGAGUCUUUUUUGCCGUUCUACAAGAAAAAGCUUGAAGCAGACGUUGAGAGGGAUUUGCAUGGUCUCAUGGAUUUAUAUGAGGGCCCCUCAGAGCUGGUAGAGAAGAUGAAGUUCAUAUCAGUGGAGCCGGCAGUUGCUAAUGCAGGACCAGAGCUCUCAUCCUAUCAGCCUCCAUGCACAGACUCACCAACCCCUCUCCGAAGUUCGGAGCUUGGGCCGGUGGAGGCCAGUAUCGAGGAUCUCAGCUUCCUGCCCUCGGAGAGCCUACAAAUGGACGCAUCUCCAAUCAGCCCUGCCAACCUGGAGCAGAAACUAGCCCAGGAGCUCAACUACCACAAAUGGGGCAGUUACAGCCGCGUAGAGCCUCCUGAUCUCAGCCCAUACAGCAACCCCACUCCCAUUCCAGCCUCUCAGCCCAUGGCCAAUAACAGGUGGUGUGGAGACAUUCCCCAGCAAGUGUCCUCCUCUGUCCAGUCUUGGACCAAACCAAGCCCUUGCCCGAAUGCGCCAGAGGACCCACGGUGGCAGACCUCAGGCUUGGAUCAUUUUGACGGUCAAGUCAGGCCAGAUUAUGAGAGUCAGAUGUCCGGGCCCAAUCCGCAGCACUACGAGCGCUACAAGCAUCAGCAGCCACCGUACAACCGCUUGCAGUCAUGGCCGGAGGGGACGCAUUACCCGAUGUCAGAAUCGGCCCCUCUGGAAUCAAGUGCUGCAUUAGUCAGCACACCUGUGAUGUGCCCACAGCCAGAAACAGUCCCAUCAUUGUACAUCACUCAAGCCAGCGGGAUCCAAAUUGGGAACAACAACAUGAUGACUUUUCGUAGUUCUGAAAACAAUUCUCUCAGCUCAGUGUCCAGCUCAUCAGCCUGCAGCAAGUAUAAAGAGCUGCUGUUGAAAUACGAGGACCACACUGUUACUGAGGAACAUCUGGAGCUGGUUCGGGAGAACAUGGGUGGGAAGUGGAAGGCCUGUGCCAGGAAGCUGGGCCUUACGGAGGUGGAAAUGGACGCGAUCGAGCACGACUACGCCCGCGACGGCCUGGCCGAGAAGGUCCAUCAGAUGCUGGAGCGCUGGAAGAUGAAGGAGGGCCUUCAUGGCUGCACCGUGGGAAAGCUGUGCCGAGCUCUGGAUAAAUGCGUCAAAGGCGAUGUCCUCCUCAGGUUGCUGCUCAAAUCAAAAGACAGCACAGUUCCUUAAAACUUAACUUCUGGGGAUGCUAUUAAUGCCUUAUGGUGAAGGUCUGGUGGUCAUUAGGAGUUAGGACAGGGUUUUGUUUAAAAAUAUGCUUCUGUAUUCCUGUCUGCUGUUGAUCUAGAAUAGUACUGGCCAGUCAUCAGCAUCUAAUCAAACAUAAUCAGGCUGUCAGUGGUCCAGCACCCUGUGUUUAGCUCACCUACGGCGUUCAGUAGAGCGUCACGUUCAGGAUUUUGGUUGCAUGAGCCGGAGAACAAUGAAUGGCAGCAAGGGUUUUCCAUCACCUACACACACACACACACACACACACAUAUGUAUUUCUGCUGUUGAAACAAAACCCAGUGUCUCCAAAAACAUACUUUACUUUUAAUGUUAUGUCCAAAAACUGGAAACCGAAAAAGCAACUAGAGACACUAGAGAGGUUUUUGUUUCGACAGCAGCCAUAUAUGUAAAAUAAAUUGGCCUCUCUGUGGCUUCCUUCUCACCUCCUUCUUGCUCUGAGUUUUAAUGUAUAUUAUUUCUUAGCCUCUUUCCCUUCUUGUGCACUUUACCUCUAAUUUCAUUAGAAUGCUUUAUGAUCUUAAUUUGCACAGCUUGCCUUCAGAUUCUCAGCCUGACUCGUGGUACUUGAAUUAAGGGGGUCUUUCAUCCAAAAGGCCCAUUUUAAGCCGAUUAUGUCACUCUUUAGGGCGGUAUCUUUCGUUUGUGUAAACUUGGAGCUUCCACAGAACCUGAUUUUCAAUUCUUGUGGACUCUAGGAACAGUAAUUAGGUGGGGCUGCCUCACUGAGAUCAACACUGUCAUUUCUGCCUACCCAGGUUUCAGUAAGAAAAACAUAUCGACUUGAUGGUUUUUAAUUAACUGUCCAGCUUUAAAAGCCUUAUUGCUAAGUGAACAUUGAGUACUGCAGCAUAUAGAAACAAUAAGUGAUGUUUUCUGGUCACAAUGUUUGGAGGUUUUGCUGGACACUGUAACUAAAUUAGAAGUAUUAGAGCCUUGUUUCUUGUAUCCUUGCCACUGGCUACUAUACAGCACUGGGACAUUAUGGUGAAAUGUAUCCUGGUUUUCAGAACUUCAGUACUGUUCCCUCUCUCUGAGUGCAGGGGAGGGGUUCUCUCUUCUCCGUUGAUCUGUGAUGAACAUGAAUCGACAGCUGGGUGCUCCUUGUUAGCUGCUUCCAGUGGUAAUGAAGGAUGUGGACGGCACCAUCACUGUGGUAAUUCCAACCAUUUAAAUGGCCAAAGUGUCCCGCUGGACAGCUUGGAUGGGCGAACAGUGGGGCAGGGUUUUGGGAGAGGAGUUGCCCGGCACUUUUCCGAGCCACCUGUGGGCUGGCAGCAAUCGACUGAGGGAGCAACCUAGUCUCAGCACGUACUAAGUCCUUAAUUUUCUCUGAAAGGAGACGCUGGAGUGGAGAUGGAGUGAUGAGGACCAGUCUGGUGUUGCUGGAGGGUCAAGGUUGUCAUCCUAGGACUACAACAGCACGUCCUUGAAGGAUGUCUGAACGUGCUGCUGUAGCACUGCCUCCUUACCGUUAUCUUUGUGGUUGCCUGGUAGAUGAAGUGUUACGUCGAUCAUGUCCUUGUGCCGACCGUGUUUUGGCUGUGAUGAGCCACAUGUGAUGAACGCCAAUAGGUGGCGAAGAUAAGUGAUGACCUCUUUCAUUCCCUUAUUAUGACCAGAUGUGUCAUCUGCCAUGCAGAAUGUAAUGAGUUAAUUUUUUAGUAAAUCAUGUUUGUAAAGCAUUGUUUCAUGUAAAAUCAGUGGAUUCUCUGAUUGUACCUUUUAUUGACCUCAUUUUUUAUUUUAAAUAGCACAGAAUCGCUUUGGGAAAAAUCAUGGUUUUUAUACCCAUCUCAGUUUCUUUCUUAAUUCUGAAAGAUAUUAAAAAUAUGAAAAUAAAA